AUGUCGCUCGACCAGCGUAUACAAUCCUGGCUACGACAAAUCGAACCCGUGACAAAGUCUCCUCAUCACGACAAACACAAACAUUGCGCAAAGCGUCGGCGACUAAAUCCUCCAACUCCAGACCCUUCGCAGAGUAGCCGCAGCAUGGGCUCUCGCAGAUCUAAGCGCCGCACAAUUGAUGUCCUGGAUGUGAACGAUAUUAACGACGAUAUUCUGGAUACCCCACGACCACCGAAACUCCAAGCUCCGAGGAGUGAAUCAGGUACCUCGUUGACUUCAUCAUCGGCUGCAUCGGGGUAUUCUUCGCCAACGAAGCAAUUACGUGAGCUGAAGUUUCAUCCCAAAGGCGUGGAUCCUAGAGAGCUUAAGGACUUUCAAAAUAAGCCUGCUAGCUUGAAAACACUUUUGCAAAAGAUCGAUGAUAGCGUAUCCGGUUUUGGAAUUCUGCCAACGUCACAACAGACUUGCAUGGCUGAGCUGGAUGUCAAGGUCUACGACAACUUCGAGUGGGUAAAGGCAAAGCCUCCCAGAGAUAUCUUCUUCUCGGAUGACCGCGACGAUCUGGGCCAUACGCCGCCACCCGAGGUAAUCCAGACGAUUCUCCAUCAGGCGGGUGAAUGCAGUGAAAGAGGUCAUUCAGAGGCGAGCUGGAACGUCGAGGUUCAUCAUCUUGUCCUGAAAGCUGCGUUGAGGCCUUUGCAGGGCCCUCAGGCAAGCCAAUUCUUCGACUUUCUUAGCACCACUGCUUCGAUCCUGCCAGACUACCAAGCGACAUCAGCGUCUAAGAAAGUUGAUUUCUGCAUGUAUAUCGACCCGAAGUAUGACCAAUCCGCACAAAUACGCGAGACUAUCCUAGCUUUGAUAAAUGUUUUACCAAUAGGCAUGUUCAAUCAUACCAAUCUAUUGCCGCUGUCCGACCGCCCUAUAGCAGUCAGCAUCGAGACCAAAAAGACAGGCGAAGGGUGGGACAACGCUCGGCUUCAGAUGGAA